GGCGCAGUGGCGGCCAUGGCGACCUUCUUCGGCGAGGUGGUGGUGGCCCCGUCCCGGGCCGGCCUGGACGAGGAGGAGGAGGCGCGGGAGGAGACGCCCGAGGACCGGGAGAUCCGCAGGGAGAUCGAGAAGAAAAGGGAGGUGGAGGUGCUGUGGGCCUGUGCCGAGCAGCCCCUGGUGUGCUCCAGGUUCGUCGUGGCCAUCGGGCGGAACGCUGCGGCUUUCCUGUCGUCUUUUAUCCUGGAUUCUGUGUGCUGGGAAGUGGUUGGAGUUGUGAAGCUGUGGAAUGAGUGGUGCAGGACAUCCAGCACCACAAAUGUGCUCCCCACAGACUCUUUCUGCUUGUUCUACAGAUUGAUAUCAGAUCCCACAGUUUUAUUGUGCCAGUGUAGUUGCUACGUGGCUGAGGAUCAACAGUUCCAGUGGCUUGAGAAGGUUUUUGGCUCCAUGCAGAAGAAAGGCUUGCAAGUGACCAUCCUUUCCACGUGUCCUGUAGCUGAUUAUAAAACUCAGGAAUCCACUCUGACACUUGUAUCUCCAUUCCUGAAAGCCUUGAAGACCAAAGAAUUCCAGGAGCAGGUCUGCUGCCCGCUGCUGGAGCAGCCCAACAUUGUGAGGGACCUUCCUGCUGCUGUGCUGAGUUACUGCCAGGUGUGGCAGAUCCCUGCAGUGCUGUACCAGUGCUACACUGAUGUCAUCAAGCUGGACACGGUGACCAUUGAAGCCUUCAAGCCUCUGCUCUCUUCUGAACUCCUCAAGAGUUUAGCCAAGGAUGCCUCUGAAAGCACAAAGAUUUUGAAGAAGUUCCUGACAGCCAGUGAAACUCACAAUAACAUCUACAUCUGACAAGGACAGUUAUGCUGCACUUUUGUAAACUCCAGUUUCUUCUCCAGAGGACUUCUGGGAUUUUUUUUUUCUUUGAAGUAGAAUAAAUUUCAGUAGAUUUUUACUUUUCCACUCAUUUUUGUUGCUUUUAACUUCAUCACUGAACACCCUUCUGCAUGGCUUGAAGACUUUUUUCUGGAGUGACUUCAGGAAUGAUCUCUUGGAUAUGAAAAGCAACUCCUUUUUCUCCUCCUGAAGGGAUUGUCUUACCUAAAGUAUUCCUUUUUUAUUUUAAAGAGGAAAAUGGAGACAAGGAAUUCUGUCUGUAUCUAACAAGACCUCUCCCUUUUUUAUUUUGGGAGCUGAAGGUUUUUCUAAUAUUUGAUGUUGUUAAAAGAUUUGUUUGUGAUCAAAGAAAUGCAUUCUCUGUUCUUUUCCAUCCACUGAGAAUUUUGCUUAUGUUUAUUUAUGGCUCCAUAUUUUUAAUGUAUAUAUUGGUACAAAAUGCAGUAAUUAAAGUAUGGUAAAUGCCUUUAAAA